CGCUGAGUGCACACUGAUUUCCAGUGUGAUGUCUCAGCGAGCAAAUCACUGGCCUUGUUGUCUAAAAUGGGAAUAACUGUGGGCUUUUGCUGUCUCGAAAAGACUUGCAAAAGUCUCUCUUUCCCUUAGGUCCUUGCAGGUUGCAGAAGAGGUCACCUGAGAGCAGGAUGAGAGUCAAAUGGAACAAAAACACGUUGGGAAUAGGUGAAGAGAGAAGGGCUGAGUGGAUGGGAGGAGAGGAAAAGACUGAUGCAGCUUCAGAAACCAUGAAAGGAACUGUUAAAACAGCUAUAGGUUACCUCACAUGGGGUUUAUUGCACAUUUUUAAUGCUGAGCUUGCUGCUGGAGGGUCCUGCCAGCCGGGGAGAGGUCUGGGCUGCCUCUCCCAUGGGUAGCAAAGGGAAGGGAGCAAAAGCCUGGAGGAUGUGGGCUGAUCUGCUGCAAUGGUGGGGAGAGUGUCCAGCAUCCUCCCUGCAAUUUCCUGAGCUGGGGCAGGUCCAGGUACUUAGGGAGAGAACUUCUGCUCUUGCUGUAUUAGUGCUUCCAGUGAGGAACCACUGGUAUUAAUAGUGGUGACUGCCUAAACCAGAAGAGCCAGUGGCCCUUCAGUUUUGGCACCACAGGACUGCAAGAGUGGGUUUUGCCUGGCCAAGACACUGAGGAUGGCCACAGCUUUGUCAGAGGGAGCCUCCCCAGUGUGGUCUUGGACCAGCUGAACGCUCUUAGAGGUCGUUUAACGUGGUCUCCUACAGGAAAGUCUGUCUCUGAAAAUAUUUCAAUACACUUCAGAAGUAAUAAUCCCUCUGGGUGCAGUGUAGAGGCUGCUCACACAGGCUUGGCCCCUGUUUAACAGCUGGAAGCUGUUCCCUGCUGCCCUCUGUCCCUUGUGUUUGCUUGAAGGGAAAUGCUGUAUGGCACCUUCCUACUGAGGCUCACCCAAACACCCUACAAACUGCCAUUUAUGGCUGUAGCAGCGUGAGACACUGGUAAACAAAGGAAAUUAAUUCCUACAAAUAAAAAAUGCUGGCAAUGAAGUGGCGAACACCACAGAAAUGCCUGUCUCUGAUUGCUUACCUCGUUCUUUGCCUCUCAGGGCAAAUGAAUUCCACAGGUCUCAACAGAGUCAAAAGACAAUCCCUGUGCCAGAGAGGGCCACUUUAGUGGGAUGACAAGAGCCAGAUGAUGGGUACUGCACAUCCAUUCUGUGUAGCUCACCCUCUGGCCCAUCACCUUGUUGCUGCUCCUCUGGGGCUUUGGUGGUUAAUAAGUGAAGAAUAUCACUCCACCUCUUUCUGUGGAGGAGGAGUAAGUCCUCAGGCUGAAGAGGUUGGUGAGGGAAAACUGUCCUGAGAAACAGUGUGCUCUGCCACAGUCCCUAACAGCUCACAGGACUUGGGUGUUUUCCCCAGGAUGAGUUGCAUUUACCAAAGGAAAACUGGGAACAGUGUACAUCUCUCCAAAAGUGUGGAGCUGCAAAGUGCAGUGAAGAAAGGAGCUUAUGCAUCCAAAAGGUGAACAGGAGAAUGGUGAAAGGGAUAAGAGAGAUGAAAGACAGGGUAAACAGGUGGGAGAAGCCCUGCUUACACCCCAUGAGAAGCUCUGUAGCUUGAGUGUGUGUUUUCUGUUUGGUGGGGAGAAAACAGUGGCAGGGUAGAAAAAGCAGGGGAACCUGGAAUUUUUCUGGCCUUGCAGGGCGUGUACUCUCUCAUCCAUAAACUUCAGGAGAAGGAGACAAUAUGAUCAGGAAUAACGUUCUGCCAAGUCUGUUCCCCUGGGCCUGUCUGUUUUUCCUUACCUUCAAAGCUAUUUGUAAGUCAACACUUGGAGUUUCACCUCCCUGUUAAGUGUUCUUUGCCACUCCCAACACUUACAUUGUUUUCCUGAUAAUGGGACAGACCUUUUGGGCAGGCUUCCUUCCCCCUUCUGAUGUAAUGUGUGUCUUGGCUUUGCUUGCUCGUGCACGUUGGAAAUGAUUGAAGACAUUUGUGAUUUUUGAAACUGAGGAGCAAGUAAAACACCUCGAUCAGUUUAUUAACACCCUGUCAAGACCUCUGUACGUUAUGGGAGGAGAAACACUCAAUCUGCUUGUUGCUGCUUCAUUAGAUUGUGGCCAUUAGGUUGGGGUGGUUGAGGUGGAGGGCAAUCAGCCUGUCUGCUCAGUGACUCUGACUUCCUGGGCUUUGCCACAAUACCAGCCUGCAUUUCUGUGUUUCUUGCAGAGCAAGGAGAUGGUUUCAGAGACUCUUUCCUCACAGCACAGCUGAAGCAGGGAGAGCUUUGCUGUUUUGUUUUUUUUUUGUUUGGUUGGUUUUUUUGAGGAGAUAGCUCUCCUCAUUUUCCAGCAACUCUUUAGUUCGGGGAUUGGCUGGGACUUUGAGGAGCGUGGUGUGGAAGCGGGGAGUGCCUGGUUCACGCAGCGCCAAAUGCGAGACAGGCAGACACAGCCCACAGGAGUGGAGAGUCAGCGCCUCUUGUUGUAAGACAGCAGCUCAGCACUGGUUGCUAAAUGGCCUCAGGUAUGGAUGGGAAGAAAUGCAGCGUGUGGAUGUUUUUACCUCUUGUCUUUACCCUGUUUACAUCAGCUGGAUUAUGGAUAGUGUACUUUAUAGCAGUGGAAGAUAACAAAAUUCUCCCACUAAGUGUACCAGAUAGGAAACCUGGUCCCAAAAGACCGCCUUAUAUAAGUAUUGCAGGUGAUGCACCUCCUGCAAGCUGUGUGUUUAGUCAAGUCAUGAACAUGGCAGCAUUUCUAGCGCUUGUUGUGGCUGUCCUGCGCUUCAUUCAGCUGAAGCCAAAGGUGCUCACCCCUUGGCUGAACAUCAGCGGCUUGGUGGCUCUGUGCUUGGCCUCUUUUGGGAUGACCCUCCUCGGCAACUUUCAGCUUUCCAAUGAUGAGGAGAUCCACAACGUGGGCACGUCGCUGACCUUUGGCUUUGGGACACUGGCAUGCUGGAUCCAGUCUGCCCUUACCCUCAAGAUCAACCUGAAGAAUGAGGGGAGGAAAGCUGGGAUUCCACGAGUGGCUCUCUCAGCCAGCAUCACCCUCUGUGUGGUGCUCUAUUUUAUCCUUAUGGCCCAGGGCAUUCACAUGCAUGCUUCCAGGAUCCAGUGGGGCCUAGUGAUGUGCUUCCUGUGCUACUUUGGCACCUUUGCAGUGGAGUUCAGGCAUUACAGAUUUGAGAUAAUUUGUUCUGAGUACCAGGAAAACUUUCUGAGCUUUUCCGAAAGCUUAUCAGAAGCCUCCGAGUACCAGACAGAUCAGGUGUAGCCUGUCCUCUGGUGGGGGGGAGGGGGGCAGGUGUGGUCUCAUGGGUGAAACAUGACCUCAUUUACACUUUUUUUAUGAGUUUCUUUUCAUGUGCAAUCAUGAUGGUAUUGCCAAAGGGCUCUGAGGGUGGCUGUCUCACUAAGAGCCAAACGGAGGUGUCUGCUGGAAGAGGAGUGGAUCCAUCUCAACGGCAGUGUGAGAGCACAGGCUGCUUAGUUUGUGCCACCAGUGACUCUUUCUGAGUGGCUCUGUCACACUUCUGUUAUUCAAAACAUUCAGCAGCCUGUCCUUGUGACACCCCUCUGAGGCUGGCCCUGCUCAGCCCGCCCUGCAGAGACGGAGGUGAAGGAAGCAGACUUCUCCUAGCAGCAAGAGUCUCCAGGAGUCACCUGUUCCCAAGUCACCAGACUGCAUCUUCCGUGUUUCCCGGGUUGUUUUCUUUGCUGCCAGCCGGGGGAACUUGGCAGGGGGAGCAAGAGCAGCAGUUUCUUCAGAAUCAGACACAGAAGACCCCAGUGGACUGGCUUUCAUGGCAAGCAGGCAGGCAUUUCUUCCAGCCUGGAAAGCGGCCGACGGUAAAUCUGGGUUUGGAGGAACUGUGCUGUGAUCAGGAAGUGAGACUUAGCUGAUGCUGCCUUGUGGCCAGGCAGAUCACCCCCAGGCCAAAGGGAUGGCACAGUGGGCUGCUGAGUUGGCUUCCUGCUGGGCACUGGUAGGAGUGAGGUGCUGAAUUAAGAUGAGGUCUGUGUGCUCUGAAAACGACUCAGAAAAGGCUGCUUUUUCCAUGUGUAGUGCUUCCACCACACAUUGUGUAUAGUAUUUCAAAAGCUUUUUAAAUUUUUUUUUAAUGUUUACUGAGGGGGAAAACAUUGUGUUAGAGACACCAGGCUUGUCUGCCAUGAGAGCAGUGCCAGUGCUUCUGGGCACAGGGUUUGGUUUUGCUCCUUGUGCAAGCCAAACUUCAGACAUGCUGGUUUGGGCUCUGGGCCCCUCAAUGUGGCCAGUUGUCCUGAGUGGAGCCUGCCACAGGUUUAAAUGGGCUUCCAAAGUGCCAGGAGGGAGUUCUGGCACAGAGGCUGGCUGAUCUGCCUGAGAGCUGGAGGUGUGAGAAGGGAACAACAAAAUCAGAAGGGCUUUUCCUUCCCUAAAGGGAGAUUUUCAAACAGAAGGUCUGUUUUCAGAGAACAAGGAGCUCAAAACCUGAUUUUGGGAAGGCUGCUGUAUUGCCUAGGUAGAGGAGUGAUGGGAGUUGCUUGUCCCCAUGGCUCCUAUUUUCCUCCAUAAAUCAGGCUCAGCUUAGUUUUACAUAUUGUCUGAGCUUCAGGAAAACAAGCAGAAAUUAAAAUGGUAGGAAAAGGCUCUUGAAGGGGAACUCGUACUGCUCUGUGGCAUUUCUGACAGAGAGGGAAAGGAAAAUGCAAAAGGGCAUUCAGUCUUCUGCAAAGGUCACAGGCCUCUCCUGAGAGCAGAAACAGUUGAGACAAACUGUGUGUUAAGUAGAAAGCUUUCAGCCAGCCCUUUAUUUCCUGUGCACCAAAACUUGUUCUCAGGCAGCUGUUACAAAUCCCGAGCAUUUUUGGCCAGCAGAGGGUUGUUGUUGAUUGCUGAAGGCUUCCUCCUUGUAGCAGUGUCUUGAGUGGAAAGUUUUCCCAGAAGGAUGUGCUGAGAGUGGCCAAGGACACAGCAGUGUGAGGUGCCAGCUCCCUAGAGGCUCAUCCAGGGAGCUGCUCCUGGGCACGGACAGGAGGGGACAGUCUCUGGAGAACAUGCAGGUGGGAUCCUCUUGCACUGGCACACACUCAACCCACGUGGAGCACAAAAUAGCAAUUUGUUGUAAGGGUGUUUUACUGUAAAUAGUCCACUGUGUCUUUUUUCCCCUAAUUAAUACUUUCAGUUUAUUAUUUUAGCUUUUGUAAUUUUAUCAAAGAAAAAAAAAAAGGAUGAUGUGGUUAUUUUUUUUCCUUUUGCUCCUUUUCCUAUAUGCAAUCCAAACUGAAUUUCGGGUUUUUAGUGAUAAUUCUGUACAUUUCUUAGAGUAUUUCUAACAGCACAUUUCAGUACAACUAAACGACAACCGAUGUACACUAAAACAUGACCACUAAAUAAAGUGCUUUUAUGGAG